GGAACUGAGUCUAAGAUGAAGUUAUGGGAUGUUUUGGCCACGUGUUUGUUGCUCCUGAGCUCUGUUUCUACACGGCCUCUCUACCAAAACACUCAGCCAGCCAAGAGGAUUCAUUUCCCCAGCAGCUACUACAGUGAUUCCCUGUCAGUGGAGGACGAAGAGCCAACGUUCCAGCGUAAAGAUCACAACCUGCAGGAGAUCUCCAUGGAGGAUCAAUAUGACAUCGCGGGUCCCUAUCCAGAGCAGUUUGAUGAUGUAAUGGAUUUUAUUGAGGCUACCAUUGGCAGACUCCGGAGAUCAGAGCCCAGCGGCGGCUCCAAGGGACGGAGGGAGCAGAGACAAAGGGGAGCAGCAAACACAGGAGGCACCAGAGGCGAGAGGAGAGGACAUGGUGACAGGAAGCGUGGUCGGGGACGAGGGGGGAAAGGAGGACGAGGUCAGAAGGGGCGGGAGAGGAUAUCGGUGCAGACCCGAGGCUGCUUGCUGAAGGAGGUCCACCUCAAUGUGACAGACUUGGGGCUGGGCUACCAGACUAAAGAGGAGCUGAUCUUUAGGUACUGCAGCGGCCCCUGCGUGGAGGCGGAGACCAACUACGACAAGAUCCUCAACAAUCUCACGCACAACAAGAAGCUGGACAAGGACACACCCUCCCGCACCUGCUGCCGGCCAAUUGCUUUCGAUGACGACUUAUCUUUCUUGGAUGACAAUGUAGUGUAUCACACACUGAAGAAGCAUUCUGCCAGGAAGUGUGGCUGUGUCUGAUGAAGUGACCGACAAGCUCUCCAUCAGUGAACUAAGGGUCACUCUGACC